CCCCGCCCCAACUGUUUGCGUGGCCAGGCAACCCCGACCUCACCCAGAUCCGCGACCAAAUUCCAAAGGAACUCAUUUCUGCUGUUCGGCACCCGACUAGGAAAGAAGGCGAGAGAAACAAAGCCGCCGCCUCCAGCUCCCAGUGCAGGCACCGUCUAGGUGGCGAUGGCUCUACAGAGGACCCAGUCUUUGCUUCUGCUCUUGGUGCUGGCCCUGCUGGGCUUAGGGCUUGUGCAGCCCUCCUAUGGCCAGGACAGGAUGUACCAGCGGUUCCUUCGACAGCAUGUGGACCCUCGGGUGACAGGUGGCGAUGACAGGUACUGCAACGUGAUGAUGCAGAGACGGAAGAUGACUUCUUACCAGUGCAAACGCUUCAACACGUUCAUCCACGAGGACAUCUGGAACAUUCGUGGCAUCUGCAGUACCACCAGCAUCCAGUGCAAGAAUGGCAGCAUGAACUGUCACGAGGGUGUAGUGAAGGUCACAGACUGCAGGGAGACAGGGAACGCCAGGCCACCCAACUGUAGAUACAGGGCAAGUGCCAGCACUAGGCGGGUUGUCAUUGCCUGUGAGGGUAACCCAGAGGUCCCAGUGCACUUUGACAAAUAGAUGCCACCCGGAGCUGUUACAGCUUGUCGUUGGUGCCUGGUCUCUGAGUCAGUGAGAACAGCAGUGAGUGAUAUAUUUGAAAUGCCCCAGGCUUUGUUUCCUCUGCUCAGAUCUUAUACCCAUAUAUGCUCAAUAUUACCUGUUGUGUUAAGUGCAUCACAUCCAAGAGAAGACGGAAG